AUGGUUUUCACUCCGCGCAAACGCGCUACGCCCACCAAAACAUUCGACAACACAUGGAACGAGACCGACGCUGCAUUCCUCACUCCGAGUGCUCUCCCGGUUUCCAAAGUGCCGCGCGCAUGGGAGCGAAGACAGGAAGUAAAGAGAGUGGGUGGAGGAAAGGAGAAGAAGAUCUGGCGGAGAUUUGAUCCCAGGGCGCGUGCCGACGACACACCACAGGAGUCAGAAGAUGAGGAGGAACAAGAUGCGCGUUCAAGGCCUGUGAAGAGGCGGCAACACAUGAGUCCCAAAGCUAUGGAGAAGUCCACAAGUAGACUUGGCAAGAAGCGCGCGUUCAAGGCGACGCGCUGGGACCGGAGGAAGAGCGUUUUGCCAAGGAAAAGAGCGACCCAGAUUGGAGACUCCGUAAUCAGCGCAAACGACGAAGCACACAGCGAAGAGGAAGAAGAUGAUACUCACAACAUGGAAGGCGAGGACAGCUUUGAGACAAUCGCAGAUGGAGAUGAACACAUGGAGCCUGUAGAAGACGACGGAUCGACUUUCACGUUUGCAGCGGAUGCGUCGACGGCCGGAGCCCCUGAUCAUGAGAGUGUAGGAGACGAACAAGACCCUGAAUUUGCCGAAGACGCGACGAUCGCGAAGCUGUUCCGUUCGCCACUCAAGCAGACGUCGACUACCUCAAACGCAUCGCCGGAGAAGGUCGAAUACCCAGAGCUACCCCUGAGCGACAGCCCAGAAGUGGAAACGGAAACUGUACUCACUGAAGAAACGAGUAAGGUCGUAGAGGAGACCAAUGCCGAGGAGAUUUCCACGAGGGGAAUCGAAGAGGAAGUUGUAACCCCGACUCAAGAGGUGGUCAGCGGCAAAAGCAACGAGACAGCGCCUGAAGAGGUGGAGCUAACGUCAGGGGUACCAGAUGCUGCGACAGAGCUUCAAUAUCCAGCUUUACCAUUAGAUGAUGCUGCCACUUCACCAACACCAGUGCUUGACGAAGAACUGAAUGAGGACGAGGAUGCUGAGUUAUCUGAAGUGGUCUUAGGCACAUUGGCAGGUGGAAUUCAGGACGACGGCAACACAAUGGAAGACGUGUCUAGCUCUCCUGAAGCAAGCGCCCAUGAAGACGAUUUUACGGAAGCCUCUCUACAGCUGAACAUACAACGAGAGUACCAAGCAGCCGUUGAAGAGCAUGCCCCCAGCCCCAAGAAAGAUGCGGCUCCUUCCGAGGUUGACAUGGCCGACGCACCUGUCGCAUCUACAGACAUUGCUGAUGGAUUGACGUUUUCAUUCACACCAACCAAACCGCAAUCGCCUGCUCCGCGUCGACUGCACUCCCCUCCGCCGCCGCCCCGCCCUGAGUCUGGACCCGACGAUGUUACCAUGACGGUUGCUAUCGACGAUGAUACGGCCAUCCUCAAGGACUUCCUCAACCGUGCUGCCGCAAGCAAAGCUGAGAAGGCUGCCGUUAUCACACACAAGAGAGAGUCGUUACAGAAUCGGAGAGACUCAGAUGUGGUCCGCCACGCCUUGGCCUCGCCCCGCAAGGUGCUCGAAGAAAAGGACCCGAACUCGCCUUCUAAGCAGCACACUGAAUUGACGCUGGAUCUAUCGCAGAUUCCAACACUAAACAAACCCGCUGAGACUCUUCAAUCGCCUAUUCCAGAUGCAGAGGAGACAGAAACUGCAGAGGAGAAGAGUGCACAAGCGGCUAGACGCUCUUCACGGAAGAAGAUCUCACGACUACCCGCUCCAGGACCGCCCAAGAUCAACAUCCGCCGUGCCGACGGUAACGAAGUAGUCGUACUCAAGAAGGACGACGCGAAAGUACUGGCUGACAUGACACGAAACAACACACGCAAGAACAAGCAAGGCGCUUUCUGCGUCACCGUCCGGUUGAUGAAGCUUGCAAUGGAUUCGUAUAAUCUGCCCCCUAUUGACGAUGCGGAGAAGGAGCCCAUCAUCGGCAAGAAUGUACGCUGGGACGAGACGUUGGCGUACUACCAGGAGAACCCAGACACUGUCGCAAAUGCCCUAGCUGAAGCAGAGUCAUUAUCCACUCCAGACGAACUGGGAAUGUCAGAUGCUCCUGAGCCAAAGAAGAAGAAGGAGAAGAUCAGCAAGGCGUCCACACCCAAGGUACGAAGAGUACGCGGUCUAGGAACAACAAAUGGUACGCCUGGCAAGGGUCUGCUCGCGCCUUCAGAUCUCCUCCCGGAGGCUGUACAAGAAGAAAAAGAAGCAUCGGACAAGCAAGCACCUAAAGCUAAGUCGACUAAAGUCAAGAAGAUGCCCGUUGCGUCUUCAACCUCUACGGGCAUCGACAGCAGUCUGUCUUCCAGCACAUCCGAUACCAAACUCCCCUCUCUCGACGUGACACCUGUGGGUAUACAGCCAGGAGCUCAACGGAAAAGUCGUCUCGCCGCACCAAAGAAAGUCGUACUACCGCAAACGCCAUCUUCCGCGAAAGCUGGAGACAAGGAGAAUGUAAAUCGUUCCGGUAUCAGCAUUCCUACGCCCAAGAAGGGACUUCCUGCUCCCAAGGUCGUUAUACCCGCUACCGCGAGCGUACCGGCAACUGUGGGCAUGGAGUCUGGGCUGCCGAGGCGGAGAGGAAGAAAGUAUUAG